UUGAACUUCGUCCGCUAUGCAAAGGCCGCCUUUGCUGCGGACGUGAUCGUAUACUUUCUGAAGGAAACUUUUGGGGUAUUGUACAACUCCUCCUACUCCCUAACGGUUACGUAACAUUUAUGCUUAAUUAGAGAAGAAAUGUUUUUGUACUUCCUUUAACUUCCUUUUUCUAGAUUAUUUGGGUACCUGAAUACUUUCAGCUAUGAACGCUGCUACGCUUUCUGUGCGAGGCAAGCUGAAACAAAAGGUUUCUGCAAAGUCACAGAAAUACUUGUCCGAUGCUACACACUUUUCCUGACUACAAUCGCAAUGUCUGCUUGCUUGUACUAUGGAAUCUCUGCAUUUUGAUCCACCCCAUUGACCUUUGUAAACAUCUGGAUAUCCUACCUGAAGUUAAAUAUUAUUUAAAGGCAAAUUUGUCCCUUAUUUCAGUAUAAACUGGAAUGUGUAAGUACGAAUAUUUACAUGUAAAUAUCCAGAUGGUUGUACAAUAAUUGGGUAUCUCCAAGUACUUAUCGCAGUAGAUGCUACAGUCCCAUAAGUUGCUCCAUGAUAACCAUUUUUUAAAGAAAUGAUAUUGUUGUUACGCGUAUAAACUCUAGCCAUCAAAAAUGCUAAUUCAUUUGCUUCUGAACCACUAUUUGUUAAGUAGACUACUUUCAGUUUACCAGGAAACUUUUUAGCUAAUUUUUUUGCAUAUUCAUAUAGACGAGGGUGCAUAUACACAGAGGACACGUGAUUCAAUUUUGCUGUUUGUUCAGUUAUGGCAGCUACUAUUUUCCUAGAGAGCAAAGACAAGGAAACCACCAUUGUGUUGUCUAAUUUAUUAAAAAUUAUAUUUAUUAUUCUAUCCAUUAUUCCUUGGAGAUCAUUAUGUUUUUUACAAGCCAUGUACUUACGGAUGAGCAUGUCCAACAGAUAUUGUGGCAACACCCCCAAACAUAUCUAAAUAACGUUUCCCGAGAUGAUCCCAUAACCAUUGUUUUUUACCUUCGUGUAUAAUUAAGGGUUCUUUAUAAAAUGGUUUUAAAGAAGGGGACACAGUUGAGUUGUAUGCUGUUUUCAUAUCUUCGUAAUUACUACCCUGGGUCACAGUCAAUUUUUAACUUUAUGGAAUACCAAAAACGUUAAGAUGAAUAAAAUAUCUCACCGUGUAAUUAGAAGAUAUAUAUUUGCAGUCUGGCAUUUUCGGGAGGUCUGUCGUAUUAAUUGUAAAAAAUCGUACUUGAUUAAUAAACCCUAACAAAAUGAACUACAUUUUAUUAUCUGUAAUAAUGAAACUUAAGAAUUUAAAAAUUAAUAACUAUUAUCAAAAAGACAUUUAGUUUCUUAGAAAUUCAAAGUUUAGUGAAGCUCUAUAUUUAAACUUUCUAAGUAAAUUAACUGUAAUGAAUAUAAUAAACUACUUACAUUUUGAAUUCCUAUACUGAAUAUUCGCACUGAUUUUAACAAAAUUAUUUAUUGACAUUUUAAUAUAAUGUAAGUUUCAAAGUACUGCUAUAUGAAAUACGUUUUCACUGUUCAAUGGUCAAUUGCUUUAUGAUGCCAGCCAAUGGUUAUAUGUAAUUUAGUUUAAAAGUUAAACAAGGUUCCUUCCAUUUGAACACUCAUGUAUAUAGAUAAAUACAUUGAAUAAUGUAUGCACAGAGGAAAUAAACAUGCUCCUUAUAUGAAUAUUAAUUUGUAUGCAUUGGAUAUUCACAGUAAACAGUAGCAUAUAUUUUAGAUUGAGCAAGAUUCCAAUAUACUUUAAUUGUACACAACUAUAAAAAAUAUGGUAUUAAAUAAUUUAGAAUGGUCUAACUUAGGUGAAAUAAGUUAAUAUAAAUUAGAAUUUAUUCUCAUAAACUAAUUUUUAUUUGUCAAUAUUUAUGCAUUUAGUGCUUUUAUUUCAUCACUUUCUGCUUCUAUUUGUGGAUGUUCUGUACUUGUUUCUGAUUUUAUUUUAAAUGUUAUUGGUAUCUUGUGUAGGACUGGAUUUUUUAUUUGCAAACAUCUUAUCCAUGAUAAUAAAGAAUCUUUAGAGGAUGUGCCUGUAAUACACAUUGCAUAAUAUACACCAUCGUCUUGUUCAUGAUCAGUAACAGGAAUUUUAUUAUGCAGUUUCUCCCAAAAGGGAAUUUGCAAGUUAGAUACAUCUGAAAACAAUAGAAUAAAAUAAUUUUAAUAUAAUCUGCAACAUAAAAUCUUUAAAUAUAUUACUGUCUUACCAUCCGCAGAAUCAUAUAUAAUUUCCCGUUUAAUUGGAUCUCCCUUCAAUACAAAGUAAUGUAAAUAGGAAUUUCCAAUCCAAAUGUUAAAAGGUCCUUCAACAAAUAAAGACUGAUCGGUAGGUUGUACAGCAAGAAGUUCCUCUUGUGUUCUACUCAUUGUAGAUAAAAUCCAUGUAUCCUCAGUAGCCCCAGGUACAUCUGUUGUUUUGUACUCUGUAAUUUUGCUUAACACAUCCAUACUAGCCAUUUUUUUCAAAGCAUACUGUCCAAGCACUUUAUGAUCGGUAGGUGGAGGAUCUGGAAUUGGCCAAGGAUUUAAUUGAUGAAAUUUUGCCAUCCAAUAUGCUAAUGCUGCAUACUUUCUUGCAGGCCAACUUCUUAUGCCAAAGAUGUUUAUGAUCAAUUCUUGCAUCUCAUAAUCGGGCAUUACUCUAUUCUCUUCCAUUUUUGAUAAUAACCUUAAAGCUGUGUCUUGUUGUUUUGGAUAAUGCAGAAUUUGAUAUCUGCUUGUUGUUACAUAUUCACCUUUGGGAAAUACAUUCAAUAGCGCUUUGUACACUUCAAUAUCUUUAUUUACACCAUACUCAUCCAUAAAUUUCAUAGCGUAUAAAAUGAAUUCUACUUGUUUUUUUCUCAAAGCGGGUUCAUUCGUAUACCUAUGUAUUACAUCUAAAUAUGCACUUUUCUUCUUUUCAUUCCCAGUAAACAGGUGCAUAGGAAGUUUGGUGUCAUCUUUGUCAUAUAGAACACGACCAUUAUGAAAGUAAUUCACAAAUGCAAAUCGUAGAAAUUUUGAAUUCUUAGGUAUCCCAGUCGUAAGUAAUACAUUCGGAAUCCUUUUGAUCAGAAAUUCCAUUUUAACGCCUUUUCUGUGUUUUACAAUAUUUAAAUAUACAACAAUUUAUAUACACCCUACGUGGUAUUUAUAACCUAAGUGUGACCGUCUAAACACAAAUGUACUCUCAUGUUCAAUUAACAUUCUGAAACAGCUCUUAUGUCAGAUGCUAUAAUAUUCUCCUUACUUUCAUAAUUCUAUUAAAAUUAAUCAUAAUAUUUUAUCGAUUUCUAUUCAUAGAAAUUCUUGCAAUUCGAAUUACACUUGCGCGUUUAAUAGAAAAAUCAAUAGUACCAUAGACGUGAUACAAGAGUAGAUUUGAUAGUCACUGUAUUUUCGCGAUAAACUUUUUUGAGGCAUUAAACUCUUCUAUGCAUCAAUUUUACUCUGUAAUAAAAUAUAUAUAUCAAUUUUGAAAGUUUCAGUCAUUUUGAAAUAAAAUAAAAUGUUCAAUACUCUAUAGUUCUAAGAUCCUUUGAAUAUUUUCUGUGACAUCCUAAAUUUCAGCAGCUCUUUUAGUUACACGAAAUACUAAAAAUUAUAUUUUGAAUUUCUAAGUCGAUAAAGUAGUUGACUUCGACUACGAAAGUUUAGAUACUCAAUCUAUUCUUCUAUCUUGUCGAUGAUAAUAUGUUGAAGUCCUUAAGAACAAAUAUGAGUAUGAAUAAAUAAAAAUUUUAAUAUAAAAUUGUACAAUAUACUUUCUAUGCUUGAAUAUUUUUCUGUGUUUCAAAAUAAGAUUAUGAAUGAAUUGAAUAUCAGAAAUUUUUUACAUAAUAUUCAAGUUUAUUUCAAAGAUAUUAACUUCGCCAAUUUUAAGAACAUUUCAAUGAAGUAAGAUCUACCAAACGCAUACACGAAAUGCUAAUAUUUUUGAAAAUAUAAUAGAAAGAUUUAUUUUUAAUCUAAAACAUGUAGAUAUCUUUGAAAACAAUGGAAGAUUGAUAGCAUACGCUUACAGGCAAGCAUAAACAGAAGCAUAUUUAAGGAGCUUCUAAGAAGUAUUGCAACAUUAGUGAGAACCCCUGUCAUUAAAAGAACAAAAAUAGAACGGUUUUAAAUUAUAGAAUUUAAUUUCGUGAAGGUGAAAAGUUUUAAAUUUUAAAUUGAAUAACACACUUUACUAUCCGUUAUGUUAUUGAAGAAUAAUAAUAAAUAUAAUAUCUAUCUUGGUAUUAUGCGAAAUUCAGUUAUGUGUUAAUUAAACACAUUUUCCAAGUUUAUCUAGUAAAUUCAAUGCGAAAAAAAUUACAAUGCAGAGUAAGUUAUGUCUUCCGUGUGAUAUAAAAGUGAAAUAAAGAAGUCAUAAAUAUAUUUUACGUGAUGAAGCUGCAAGAAAUAUCGAAGGUUAUUCAAAUUAUUACACAAGAAUCCUUUAGUGUUUGAUGUUACUAUUGGAAAAUGAAAAAAAAACGAGCCAUAUGAAAUAUGACUGGCAUGUGAGAUUAUUUUUUCUAAUAAAACGAGACAAAUUUUUCUAUUUUCUGUGAUAAGCACCGAACAGAUUAUUUAUAUUGUAUAUAUUGUUAAAUAUUCUGCAACAAUGAAUCCAGUGUUCAAAAUAUUUUUAUCCUAUUGUUGGGGAAAUAUGUAUUUAAUAAUUGGACUAAGUAUGGGCUUAAGCCUCAGUAUGAUGUCAAUAUCUAUCAAUAUGAAUGAGUAUGAUAUCAAUAUAGAUCACCAAAUGCCUCAUUCAAACUACCCAGAUGAUUUAGAUGAAUACGAACCAAAGAUAAAUAUCAAUAGCAAACCGCAACAAGCACAAAAAGUACCAAAAACGCUAAUACGCCCGAGAUAUUAUUCCACUGAACUUGGAAUCAAAGAAAAAUUAUUCAUAGGCGUGAUCACAAGCCAACAACAUUUGCAUAGUAGAGACAUAGCAAUUAAUAAGACAGUGGCUCAUAUGGCGGAUAAAAUACGCUAUUUUAUUUCAAUACCAGAAGGAACUAAACCGAAUGUUACACUUCCUGGUAUAGUUGGAUUCACAGAUACCAGAAGCAUUUUGAAACCAUUCCACACUAUGAAAUAUAUAGUUGAUAAUUACUUAGAAAAUUAUGAUUACUAUUUCUUGAUUAAAGAUAUAAGCUACAUCAAUGCUAAAAAAUUGAUGCAAUUUAUUACCAAGAUUAGCGUAAGUCAGAAAGUUCAUGUGGGUGUUCCUGGAGAUAUUCAGAAUUAUUGUUCUUUAGAUUCAGGGAUCCUUUUGAGCAAUUCGGUAAUACAAGAAUUGAAGAACAAUUUAGACUGGUGUGUAAAGAAUGCUUAUUCCGAUUCGGACGACGUUAAUUUUGGUCGAUGUAUCGUUCAUUCGUCAUCAACGCCUUGUUCCAAUCAUACACAAGGGCAACAGUACCAAUUCACCAAGUUGAAACCCACGUUCUUAUUUGAGAAACAUUUUAAGGAAUUAGCUAGAAACGAAGAGUUUCUAAAUUCGUUCGUGAUAUACCCGAUAUACGAUCACCUCCUUAUUUACAAAUUCAACACUUAUUUUGCAGCAAUGAAGUCUAUUGAAAUUCAAAGACAAAUAUCCGACAUCAGGAAAUCAAUUAAAACAACGGCGUACUUAGGUCCACCCCAAGAACACAAUAUUUCCUGGCCGGUUGGUAAUCAACCAGGAAACAAAGCAUCCGGACGUUUCGAUAUCUUACGGUGGACAUAUUUUAAUGAAACCCAUACAUUUUUCAGUACCGACUUCUUAACUGUACAGGAACUAAAGGUUGAUGCAAAGUUCGACAUUGAUCGAAUAAUUAAUGUAACAGCCUCUAACAUCAUUAGUAGCUCUCAGCAAAAAUUAAAAUUCAAAAAAUUACUAAACGGGUACCAAAAAUUUGAUGCAUCGCGUGGAAUGGAUUAUAUAUUAGACUUAGCGUUUACCGACACUGUCACUGGCAAAGAAAUAAGGAAAAGAAUCGAAGUGUGCAAGCCUCUUGGUAAAGUUGAAAUUCUACCUGUUCCAUACGUAACAGAAAAUACAAGGGUAAACGUAGUAUUGAUUGUCGAUUCAUCAAAGAAGCAGGCUGCAUUGAACUUUUUGGAACAGUAUGCCAUAGAUUGCAUGGAGAAGAAAUAUAAAACUUUCCUAAUGAUGGCUCUUUUAUACAAUUUUGGUUCCACUUCGAAAGGUAAAGGGGACGUGUUUCACGACAUUAAACAGUACGCGUUAACAUUAGCUGACAAGUAUAAAAAAAAUCUUUCGAAGAUCACUUGGCUUUCUAUCCGUUUACCAAGUAAUGUAACGUCCAUCGAAUUAGAUCCGAUGUUAAAUAUCGCUGUCACAGAUCUGUGCAUUCGUAAAUUUUCACCAGAAAGUUUAAUACUAUUUGUUGAGACGGGAAUACAAUUACGAUUGGAUUAUUUGAAUAGAAUUCGUAUGAAUACCAUCAGUCAGUAUCAGAUAUUCAGCCCAAUUCCAUUUGUGGAAUUUCACCCUGACAUAGCUCACAUAAACGAUGCAAAACAUGUUGACACAGACAUCAAUCGUAAUCACGGGAGAUACGAUAACUAUAAUUAUAAUAAUAUUGCUUUUUACGUCAAAGAUUACAAUACAAUGCGAAGAGCGGUCGAGACUAGCAUUCCAAUAACACACUUCGAUAGGGACAUUCUGCCACUCUUAAAACUAUCACAGGAUCUACCUGUCACGUCUCUCUUUGAAAUGUUUGUUUCUUUUAGUAAUGUACAUAUAUUACGGGCAAUAGAACCAACGCUAAAAGUAAAAUAUAAAGAUACCGAAUGCAGUAGCGCCUACAACAACAACGUGUAUAAGCUUUGCAACCGAUCAAGCAAUUUCCAUUUGGGUCGGCGUAGCCAGCUCGCUAGACUGGUAUUAGAUUACCAAAUUUACAAAAACAAUUUAUUAAAAUGAAUAAUAUUUACCGAUGACACUAACAUAGAUCGUUAUAAAUGACAUUAGUUGUAUAUGUAAAACUGUUAAUUUGCAUGAAGAUUAAGAACUAUUGUCAGGUUGAAGAAUAACAUUAUAAUUUAUAUAGUACAAAAACGUAAGUAACUCCAGGUGAAGUUACUAGUGGACUAUUUAUAUAUAAUCGAUGUAAAAUUUGUUAUUAAAUAUCCUGCAUGUAUAUAAUACAAUCCGUAUUAUAAU